CGUACCUAUCAAAACUCAUGAAAAGAAUCAAUAUUGGACUAUCUUUUUUGAACAUGAUCUAUAUCCUGGAAAAACAAUGAGCUUAGGUAUUCAAAAACAUUCUGAAUCUAGUGAGAGUGAUAAAAAAGAAACUACAAAAGAAAAUCAUCCUUUUGGAUUUUGGGCAUGGUCUAGAAAAGAAAUUGAAAAAGAAAAUCAACCUUUUGGAUUUUGGGCAUGGUCUAGAAAAGAAACUGAAAAAGAAAACCAACCUUUUGGAUUUUGGGCAUGGUCUAGAAAAGAAACUGAAAAAGAAAAUCAACCUUUUGGAUUUUGGGCAUGGUCUAGAAAAGAAACUGAAAAAGAAAAUCAACCUUUUGGAUUUUGGGCAUGGUCUAGAAAAGAAACUGAAAAAGAAAAUCAACCUUUUGGAUUUUGGGCAUGGUCUAGAAAAGAAACUGAAAAAGAAAAUCAACCUUUUGGAUUUUGGGCAUGGUCUAGAAAAGCAAAUAGACCUUUUCUAAGAGAUACAAAAAAAGAAACUCAAAAUUUUUUAGCACUCACAUCAGAUGAAAAAGAAGCUCACAUUAUUAACAACUAUUGUAGAACCCCAUCAGCAAUAGGAGAAGACAAACAUUGUGCGUUAUCACUAGAAUCUAUGAUGGAUUUCGCCAUUUCAAAACUUGGAAAGAAUAUCAAAGUGAUGUCAAGUUCCUUAGUUCAAAAUCAGGAUAAAUAUGUAGUCGAGGAAGUAAAUAAAAUUGGAGACAAAGUAGUAAUGUGUCAUAGAUUGAAUUUUAAAAAAGUUGUAUUUUAUUGCCACGCAGUUAAUGCGACGACAACUUACAUGGUCCCAUUCGUGGCCUCUGAUGGAACUAAAUCAAAAGCUCUUACUAUUUGCCACCAUGACACUAGAGGUAUGAAUCCUAACGUGUUGAGUGAAGUUCUCAAUGUUAAACCAGGAACUGUCCCUGUUUGCCAUUUUAUCGGCAAUAAGGCUAUUGCUUGGGUACCUGAUAUGAGUGAAUCUGGUGGCCAUGCUUGUGUCAUCUAGUUGAUUUACACAUUGAUUAGAAUCUCAUGUUUGGAUUCUUUUUAAAGUUAUAUCUGCGAAAAAAAUAUGAUGUGAAAAUAUCAUAUCAUAUGUAUCUAUAGUAUUAUUAUAUUUUCUAAAUAAAACCAAUUAAAAAUUAGUUUGAACUAUGGGUUUGUGUUUGUGCAAUGUCUCAAUCUAGGGCCAGUCUCUGGUGUACUUUAUGUAAGCUAUCAUCUUUAUAUGAAUUUCAAAUUUCUUGUAGCAUAGU